AGCUUCGGCCCAAGCCCGCGGGGGCAGACCCUGGCCAGCCCCACGAGCAGCCAGCGCUUCCGUCAUGGGCAACGUUUUUUUUGGGGGGGGGGUUGCGGCGGGUGCUAAGUAUAUCGUUCUGCGAAAACUGCCCGCCUGGGUGCUAAGAGCAACGCAGGGGGGGUUCUUAAUUGCUGGAUGAGUUUCCCCCCUGUCGCUGACGCUCAAGACCCCGGCGAGCCCGACGAGCAGCCCGGGGGCAGCGCUUCCGACAGCCCAUGUUCGGCAGCCCAUGCGGGUGCCGCACCUGGGCGGGCCCGCCGCGAGGGGCUUCGCCCACGGCGGCUUCGCGGGCGGCGGCGCCCCCGUCGGCUACGCCGCCGUGCCCGACGCCUGCGGCACGGCGGGGUGCCCAUCCGCCUCGCCGCGUGCGCGUCCUGCGGCUGCGCGGGAUGCACCUGCGGCUCGUGCGGGACAGCGGGGUACACCUACGCCGUCGUGGGCCAGGGCCGGGGCGAGUUCGAGCCCACCACGGUCUACAAGUUCGUGGGCGCGGGCGCGGGCAGCGUGUCUCUGAUCCCCAUACCCGCCCCUGGCUGCAGCUGCUGGUGGUCGCUGUGCUUCCUCUGGCUUCUCCUCCUCCCUCUUCUCCUGCUGCCAGCGACGACCACGACGACGUCGACGACCACCUGCACCACGCCGCCUCCAGUCACCACCUCGCGGCCGCCUGACCUGUCCCCGAGCCCGACGCCGGCGCCAACCCCCGCUCCGCCCACCAUGCCCCCGCAGGGCCCGCAGAGGGAGUGCUGGAUCUUCGGCGACCCGCACGUCACCACCUUCGACGGCGGCCACGCCAGCUUCUACUCCGCGGGCGAGUACUGGAUAGUGAGGAGUGAUACGGUGUGGAUGCAGGGCCGCUACGCGCCCACGGCGGUCACCAACGGGCUCUCCGUCAUGAAGGAGAUCGCGAUCGGGGGCCCCUUCCUGCAGAGCGAGGACGGCACAGAGAAUGUGCUGCGCAUAUCUGCUCUCGCGGCCAGCUGGAACGGGGCGGUGAUCCUCGCUGGCUUCCCCGACACGUUCACGAACCAGGAUCCGCCAGUCCAGGCGGUCACCGACAGCUCUGGGCAGAUCCUGCAGUCGAAUCGCGCCGGCAAGCCGAUGCACGUCGUGCACGUCAGGCUGCCGCUGUUCAUCACCGUCCAGCUCAAUCGGUGGAACGAGCCCGGCGAGGGUGGGCACCGGUGGAUCUCAACGCGAGAAUCGUCAUGUCCGUGCAGCCCAACCAAGACGGCCAUUGCGGUAAUUUUAAUGGCAAUCCGACCGAUGACACCCGGCCCCUCAUCCGCAGUCGCAUCGGGACUACUGGUGUUGCUCCUGGUGAGCUUCUGUUUCGCACGAAGACGCCUGUGAGAGAGCCCAACCGCCCCGAUCUGAACGAUUGCCCCACCGCGAAGGCGGAGCAUGCGCGGGAUGCUUGCGCCGCUCGCUCGAAGAACAGGGUGGCCAGCAAGGAAUGCAUGAUUGAUGUGUGCUUCGGCGGCGACAAGUUCGCCGAGCACGAUGCCGAGUACAAUUGACGACACGGUGGCGGAUAUUUGGUAUUGUUUUUGGCAAGAAUGAUGGGCCUCAGGGGUAGAAAGAAAAGAUGUCUGCGACGGUGACGGCGUCCACGAUGGCGACUGUGACGGCAACGGUCUCUCCCGCGCUCGGCACCUGAUCGGGCCAGCGAAUCGCGUGCUGCAGGGAUGGGCGGAAGGUGGGUCCGCCAACCGUUUUUUCUGCGACCACCUGCGAACCCUACUCCUACGGGUCCAAUCGACGCUAAGGUAACAGAUCUCCUGCUAGGUUUCGCCUGGCUGCAGACAUCCUCCGAAUUCUUCCUCGAGCCUGCGUCUCAGAACUCUGACCUGCAGGGGCAGGGUUCACAUGUCGCAUACUUUUGCCCUGCACCACGCGCCUCCGCCGGAGUCGUAAAGGCCACUCUGGCGUUUUUUUUUUCGAUUGAGGUGCUCGCGCCCCUUCACGGGGCAUGGUGGUCACCCUUCAGGGGAAGACCCCACCAGUCUUUGCAGACGCCUCGGCGCAGUGCUGCUUUGCACCCAGGGCAAGUGUCAUGCUCAGCACGGUUUAUGCCAUCCGCCUGGCAGUUGGUGGCAGUUGCUCCUCUGCGCCAUAUACAGUGGCGGAAGGUAGCGUCGUGGGCACACCGACUCCAGUUGGGACCCACCUAACCACAUGAAAAAAGGGGAAACGGUGGGACCAGGGUCUGUUUCCC